CCUUCAUCUCUCAACAUGAACAACGUACUGCCAACCGUAAUGAUGCUACUGAGAAAAUCUCGUCGACCUUUGGUAUACGGAUCUAUAGCAGCUCUAACAGUAGGCGUGGAGGGGUUUUUCGAAAGCAUUGUGUUCAACUGUCCGUGCGAAAGAUACUUCACUUAUGGCCUAGCGUUCUUGUGGGCGCCGGCUCUGUUUUUGUUUCUCGCCGGAAUUCUGCUUGACACAAAUUUAUGGAGGCGCCGCUCAAGAAGAGAUCAAGAGAAAAAGAAGAAAACAUUUGCCCGUCGUUAUUUCAAAGCGCUAAUUCGAACACUUGAUGUACUAGUGCGAGCAAGCAUUGCGCCUGUUGCGUGGUUGGUUUUUUCUUUUCUACAACAACAGUACUACACAUGCGCCUACUUCGGUCCUCCGCUUGGAAGUGAGGUCAUCAUGUGGAACAAAACUCAUGAAUGUCAUUUCGAAGUCGGAUCUCGCACCAGGUCGCUUGAGGAAAGCUUCAAAACCCGUAGUCAAAUAGCAGGAUGGUCUCUGAUGCUGAUAGCGAUGUCGGUUCUCUUCACUUCAGUGUGCAUUCGCAGAUGUAUUCAAAAAGGAAGGCAUCUUCAAAUCCCGAGCCUCGAAUAUUACCACCACGUUGAAGCCAAAGCAGCUUUGGAACAUUUUCACGCCAAGGCGAAAGAGCUCGCGAAGAAAGAAGCAAAGAAAGAGAUCCACUUUUUAUUCGUCAAGGCAGAAAACAAAGAUUUCAGUUCUUGUAUUCAAGACGUGGGUAAAGGAAUUGAAAACAAAUACGGGUCGUUUUUUGAAAUACCACUCGAAAGUCCUUCUUACAAGACCCCGGGGAGUGCGACCCCAGACCCUCUUCAGUUUCCAACUUCUCCAAUUGUUUCAAGACCAUUGCUUUCUGAUGGAAGCGAAUCUGCGAACAGCCUUGAAACACAGGAGUCGAUCCGUGUCGACGACGCGCAGCAGUCAGUGCAGCUCUUCAAAGCGCCUGCAAACACCAGCGGUUUGGCGAGGGUCACACUACAGCGACAAGAUGCUUACAAUACGAACCAAAAGUGAAACAUACAGAUUAUCAUAACUACAUAAAGUAGCUCAAAAAAACCAAUUUUUUCUUAUCCUUUGGGAUAAAGCACUUUGGAGUUCAAAUUGUUGAAUACAGUAUUUAGCAGCGAAUUAUGCAAAAUUUACGAUGUUGCUGGUCAUUCAUUGUUUCAGUUUCAGUGACCCAGAAGUAAAUUCUAAGGAGCUACGUCGCGACUGGGGCAUGCGCACUAGCGCGCUCAGGUUAUUAAAAAAUUGGCUUACAUUUUUCCGUUUCUGUCGUGAAAUCAAUCGAAGGUUUAUAUCGUUCUCCAUCUUUGCCAUCCUUUCGCAGUUGGUACAAAUAACGUUUGCUUUAUUUAACUGAGAGUCUCAGCUUCGUUUCUUUGUAUUUUUAUCUUACAUUUCGGCUGUUUACGGCACUUUGGAGCGUUUGAUCAAAUAUUUAUGUCGUGUAAUGGCGGCCGUCGUCCUGGAUGUGGACGAUGUUUCCACAAUGAGAGCAAUCCCUUUGUUCCUUAUUUCCUGCUACAUUCUUUCGGUUUCCAUGCAUCGAAUCAACAUUUAUGUCAAAUAUUUAUCCUUAUGCUUAGUCAAAAAGUCGUGAUUGUACUUAUUUCAAUUUAUUUCAGUUUUCUCAGUGUAAUCUUCGUUCAUCAUUUUCCUUUCCUGUACAUAAUUAUACUUCAGGAAGUAUGCAUAUGGUGUUACCAUUUUGAAAAAUUGCACUUAAAGAAUAUAAUGUCACGUAAUCAUAUAACCACUAAGUCACUAAACGGAGUAUGUUAUACAUGACUCCCCUCUGCU